GCACAUGGAUGGGAGAUAGCGGAGGGACUUUACCUGUCACACACCGAGAGUGGAAUGGCCACCCUAAAGGAGCUGGAUGAGACUUUUGUGCAAGUCAUCAGUGUGUCAGCAUCCGCAGUGUUGGGUGACCUUCAGGAGGAUCAAACUGGGUCACCCUCGAUACCGUCCACUAGGUUCUAUUACCAAGGACUCCCCCGAACGGAUCCAGAUGGACUGCCAAUGCUGAGUGUAACCACUUUGCCAAAUAACCAGACGCUGCCGAAUGAACAGAAUUUCCAGGCUGCACCUUCUUUGGUUACCUUUGGUAGAUUACCUUCUCCUUAUAUGUACAACCUCUACAACAGUGCCACCUUCAGCAUGGACAAGAUCCUCUUUCCAGGCAUGAACUCCUACAGUGAAAUCACAGAGGCAAAAAGGGGGACUCAUCCCUCUCUAUUAAGAAACCUUGGAAGGUGGCAACAGUGGACCCAUGUUUACAAGAGCUAAAGACCAAAUGCACAACGAUGGUUUGGGUGCCAAAUUCCCAGCAGAAAUCCCAGCAGCAAGAAAAGAGAGAGAAACCUUUGAAGGUUCAGAUUAAAGAGCUGACAUUUACAGAUGUAGCUGCAAAGCCAAGAAGAGAAAACCGGAAUCCAGAUGUGCCAAAAAUUCGGAAAGUGAAUAAGCCACCUACAGGCGGGUGCCCUCAGAACUUGAUUCUUGCCAAAUCUCCAAUACUAACACAGACGCAUGGCAGAAAAUGGAUGACAGCAAGCUCUGUAAAGGAAAACCAAGAGGAGAUCAUAAGAAUCAAGAGGAGAUCUAAUGAGCAACUUCCAUAUUCAGAAUCACAGCUUGAUCCUGGCCCAGACGGUCUGUUACUAGAGAACCGACGUGUGGUUUUGCAUGAUAGCAGAAGCAAACACCACAGUAGCCCAACCAUCUCUCAGAGCAGCCCGAUAUACAAGCUGGAUGAGCAGAACCUUGAUGCUCUUGACGAUUUAGGAAUAGAUUUGAACCGCAUCAGGAGCCAAACUUACUUGUGGAAGAAAUAUAUUGGCUUAGCCGGACCCAGCAGCAGGAUACAGCCGCCAGCUACAGGCUCGGUGGUUUGUGAUACAGAAAGAUCACAUGACUUAGACAGCAGAGACUCUCCUUCUUCAGCUGGAUUUUCACAGACCUCCUGGACAGAAGUAGAACCAUCUGACGCACUUGUAGAUUUGGACCCCAGAAAGGUAAAUGAACAAGACCCGGGAGAACGGGCUGAAGAAGCAGAUUUCAACCAACUGCAAGAAGAGAAGAACAUUAAAGAAGAACCUCAAGACUUUGAAAGUGAACAUCUCCUCAGGGAAGAGGAAUCUCCGAGAGAAUAUGAACUGCCUAUAAAAUCAGAACCCAUAUGCCAAGAUACAAAAGUGAUUGAUGGCCAUGAUUCCUCUGAGCAGAGAGUUCUCUCACCACAGCCCAAUCCUCCCCCUCCCUCCCCAGCACAAUUGAGCAUAAACUGA